AUCCAAUAUGGCGGCCACGACGUUACCUUAAAGCCACCAAAGAAGUGAUACAAUGUGUUUCUUUUCUGUCAAGGGGAUUGGAAUUUCCUUUCAUUUUCCAUUACCGUUCGCCGUCGCCUUGGUUACUUCAUCAUGCAGUUUUUCUUUCCCUGCAUUCUGUGUGCAGUCGUAUCAUGGUUGCCAUUCUGGAUGGAUCGUUACGAGAUCGGUGACCGCAUGGCUCUAAGCAUCACUACCUUGUUAACAGAAGUGUUCUUGUCCCAGUACAUCAAUAGUAACAUGCCUUGUGUCAGUUACAUCAAAGCAGCUGAUCAAUAUCUUUUGGCCACCUUCAUCUUCAUCUUCAUGGGGUUGUUGGAGAAUGUAGUGGUCUACAACUUCCGCUCAGACGUGAGAAAAUUGAAAAAAGUAAAAAAGAAAACCAAAGCCACCAAAUUGGAGUUUGAGUUGCAGGACAUCUACUGCUAUGGCCAAGAAAUAUCACCAAGCCAAGAAAUUAUGACGGAAAGUCCCAGAAACAAUCUAGAGCAAGAAGCAUCGUCCAAUAGCGCUGAUCAUAAUGAGAACAAGAUGGACGCUGAAGAAGCCACAGAGAAAGAUCAGUCUCUUGUUGUUGACAAGAUAUCCCGUGUUUUGUUCCCACUAGCUUUCAUUGUUUUUCAGGCCUAUUAUUUUGGAAGACAUUUGCAAAUAAGCUAAAAAGAUCGAGUCUUAAUGCAGCUAGCUGAGAUAAUGAGAAACGCAAAUGCCAUGAACCGAUCAAGUGGAUCAAAUAUUU